UAGGAGGAAGCGUCACCGAAAAGCAUAACAAAAGUUUUUAGGUAAGUUCGCGUAGAUUUUAGGGAACAAAAAAAGUCGCAUGUUCGGCACGGUGAAAAAGUUUGACAAACAUUCGUAGUUGUUGGUAAAGUUGAAUUUGAAUCCUACCCCCGUGUCAUCGAUUAAGUUUUACGGUGUUGCAGUUGUUCUUACUGUCUCAUCUGCUGACUAUUAACAACACAACUACAAGUAUAUACAGUAUUACACAUAUGUAUUUAAACUUUAGGGAACAGUCACGUUUGUUUGUUUUCCCUUGUGCUGAUAUUGGAUGUAAAUCAUUUAAACACAUUUAAGUGUGUAGUUUUCGUUGUAAUGAAAUAACAGUUUAGUACCGGUGUAUUUCAGCCUUAUUUUGCAGAGCCAACAAAAUAACAUCCAUUUCAAUGAAUUCAAUCCUAUUGCAGUCUGAUUCAGACUGAUUGAAUAACUUUUGAUGUCUAAAGCUUAAUUUUCACGGUGUUUGUUAGUAGGAUAAAAUGUCCUCAUGUUGUACAUGUUCCAGAUUUGUUUGUUGUUCUAAAAAAGUUUGUUUUGUAUUAGUAUUUUUUUGUAUAUUCACGUAGACCCCAUUUCCAUUAUGAAUUUCGAAUAUUAACACUGCUUAAAUCAAGGAAAAUAUAAAAACUACUCAAAAUAUACCUUACUGGAAAAAACUACUUAAAUGAAGGCAAUAGCAGGAUUAAAAAUACCUUUUGUUGAUACUGAUGAUGGUUGGGAAAAAAAUCACUUAGAUUCCUGUUGCGCCUUUUGACACUUCAAUUGGAGGAGUCACUGAUUAAUUCCACUUCAGUAUAUGGUUGAGAUGGAAUUGUUGGUUGAUGCAUCUUUCUAAUUUUGGACUGAGUAAAGAAUUAACUUUUGUAAAUUCAAAUAAAGUCAGAUUGGGAUAGGCUUUAGCUCACCCUCACCCCUAAUGAGGACAAAUGUACAAGAUGAACGGAUGGCACAUAAUUGUUGUAACACAUGUGUUCCCAUCAUCUGAAGUAAUAAUGCUCUAGUUUGUAAUAACGGGUAGAAAGAAAUUCUCAACACCAUCGCAAUGUGAUGACACAACUAACUUGUGGUAGCAAAACCUCAUAUGAACAUCCUUUCGCAUUUUUCCACGUCAGCCAAGCAGACUGUCCAGGCAGGAAUAGUAGAUCUUGUCUUUUUGGCAGCAAAAGCUGAAUGAUAUAUUUUAAGCCUCCGAUGAUCAUUUAAUCCUCAUACCGCUGCUGAACUAAUCUCACAGUAUACCUUCAGAGCACUGAUAGAUUAGAUUGCAUAUAAUUAAAUACUGGCCAAAUUAUUGAGAUUCCUGCAAACCCAAGAGUCAAGCGUACUGUGUAUUAGUGAAAUGUGAGGACGUGCAUAAUCCAGCUGAAAUGAUGCUCUUUCCAUGCGGCGCCCUCUGCAUCCUGUGCAUGGAUAGGGCGUAAGUGAGCAAGCCUCUGUAGUGCAUCCAGAGUACAGAAGAUUGGGGCUGUGUUGCUAUUGGGGGAGGGAGGCUUCAGAUUAAACAUGUUUUUAUGUAAUGAAGGUUGCAAGAAGAGCCUGGGGCAAAGAUGGAGAAGAAGGUGGAAUGAGGCAUCUGCUAAUAGCCACCACCACUACAGGAAAUGUCAGUGACUGGCCAUGCUAUUGGUACCUGAGCCUUCAGUGGGGACUUAAUCCAUCUCUUAAUACCACCACUAUGACGUCGUAAUUAUAGAAACCAUCAAUGCGAUACAGAAACGCAAUAUAAUAUCACGCAACUGUGCCACAUACAAUCCGUCAUCUGGAGCAGUUCAGAAUAAAUAAUUAUGGAAUUGUGAAAAGAUAAAACAUUUAAAUACACUACCUAAAACUCACCAGAGAGAUCCAUCCAUUAUCCAAAUUGCUUAUGAUAUGGGUAUGAACUGUACACAGUAUAUGAGAUAUUAUAUUGGAAGCAGGUCCCAGGUACAUGAAGUGCUCCCACUGUAGAGCUGUUGACACUCAUGAGAGUGUUGUCUGAUUUGAUAAUAUGAUCAUUCCAUAUUCAUAGGAUGGCAGACAAAGUUUUGGAUCAAGAACCAUGGACAGGAUGUGCCGUUCUCUUUCUGCAGUCGCUCUGUCCGGAUGCAAACCUGCUUUCCCUCUAUAAAAACCAGCAGGGAAAGUUCAUCUUUUUUAAAGUCAUCAAACUGACACUCAUAGAUUCUGCAGGAGGUCUGGGCGGUUAUGAGAUACUUAAGGUUCACGAUGCCGAUCCUUUCCUCGGAGUGGAGGUGAAGUUUAUGGACGUAGUCGUGUGUCAGCAAUUCCUGGAGAGCUACAGCUCUGGAGCGGUGGGUCAUUCCAUCUCCCAACAUGCCUGUCGGCUCCUCGCUGUGGCACAAGAGUUCACCGUGGAGACACAGCUGAAGGCCGGAACGCACGUCUUGGAUCGAUGUCUGGACAAGCUCGAGCUUUGUCUACAGCAAAUUCACCAGUCACAGCCCGAGCGCCUGCGUGAUGAAGAGAUCGAUCGGCUGGAGCAGCAGCUGCAGCUCGAGGUCCUCGGGCCUCCUCCAUCCCAGCGGAUCUCGAUCAGACAGCAAGUCCCCAGCAACUGCUUCACGUUUCAGAAUAAAGUUUUUGAGGAUCGAAUGCUGACGAUAGCAGAUGUUCAGAGCUUUGCUAAUGGAGUGGGCCGUCAGUGGAAGCAUGUGGGGAGGACCCUGGGGAGGGAGUGCCGCGCUCUGAAGGAUACGGCCAUUGAAAACCUGGCCUACGAGUAUGCCAGAGAAGGCCUGUACGAGCAGGCCUAUCAGCUCCUCAGUCGAUUCGUCCAGGCGGAGGGGAGGGCGGCCAAGCUGAGCCGGCUGAUCAAAGCGCUGGAGGACUGCAAACUCACCGGCCUGGCCGAGUCUAUUCUGGACAUACAGCCACGAGACUAAUGCCGUGCACUUUUUGUGGCGUACAUGAACACGAAGGUGGACUUAUUACGAAGGGGGCGUGUCUCGUCUCUGUUGACUUUGUCUUUCCUGGUUUUACAUACGGAAUGUCUGAUCUUGAUUGAAAUUGUUGCAAAUGAUCCCUGCAUGCAUGUGUGUUUCUGAUCAUACGUUUUACCUCAGAUUUAUUAAGAAAAUGGCCUCAGUUUAUAAAGGGUUACAAUGAUUCGAUAUAAAGGAAUAAAACUACCCGCAUAAGUCACAGGUAUUUGGUACUGAAAAACGUAGUAAAAGUAGGUGAAUUUGUGAAUGCCUAACUGACUUUGCAGGGGUCCACUGUACAGUAUUGCACAUUAAAAGAAAAUAAAUGUAUACAGAUCAAUAAAUAA